AUGAAGGCGCUGAUUCUGGUCGGCGGAUAUGGCACGAGGCUGCGGCCUCUGACGCUCAGCUGCCCCAAGCCGCUGGUGGAGUUUGCAAACAAGCCAAUGAUCAUCCACCAGAUCCAGGCGCUCAAGGAAGUUGGAUGCACGGAAGUGAUUCUGGCAAUUGCGUACCAGCCUGAGGUGAUGCUGGCGUUCAAGGAUGAGUGGGAGGCAAGGCUGGACAUCAAGAUCACCAUCUCACAGGAAAAUGAGCCUAUGGGUACAGCCGGUCCGUUGGCGCUGGCGCGUGACUUACUGGACGAUGGGUCCAAUGAGCAUUUCUUCGUCCUCAACAGUGACGUCAUCUGUGAGUUCCCCCUCAAUGACCUGCUGGAAUUUCAUAAGUCCAGGGGUGGGGAAGGCACUCUCCUUGUUACAAAGGUUGAAGAUCCAUCCCGGUAUGGAGUCGUUGUGACUGAGGCUGAUGGCAAGAUCAAUGCCUUCAUGGAAAAACCAAAGGAAUUCGUCAGCGAUAAAAUCAACGCUGGUAUCUACGUACUUAGUCCCAGGAUUCUGCGUCGGAUUGAGUUGCGCCCAACAUCGAUCGAGAGGGAAGUGUUUCCAGCCGUGGCUGCGGAUGGCCUGCUCUAUGCAAUGGUCUUGCAAGGGUACUGGAUGGACAUUGGUCAGCCAACCGACUUUCUCAAGGGCUUGAGCCUGCAUCUGGAGAGCAUGAACAUCCACAGUCAUGAUUCAUUGGCCAGCGGUCCCCAGUUCGUGGGAAAUGUCCUCAUGCACCCCUCUGCCAAAAUCGGUGAGGACUGUUUGAUCGGUCCCGACGUGGCCAUUGGCGAAGACUGCGAGAUAGGCGACGGUGUGCGGUUGAGUACUUGCGUGCUGAUGCGUGGAGUGAAGGUGAAAAAAUAUGCUAAAGUAGUGAACUCCAUUGUUGGUUGGCAUUCACGUAUUGGGGCAUGGAGCCGUGUCGAGAACAAGACCAUCCUUGGAGAGAAUGUUGGAGUGAAGGACGAGCUCUAUGUGAAUGGAGCCAUUGUGCUGCCGCACAAGGAUGUCAAAGAGUCCAUCCAGAAUCCCCAAAUUGUUCUGUAG